AUGUAAAAUUCAAGCGAAUAACUCAUACAAUUUCAAGAAAAGUAAAAAAAAAUAACAGAAGUAAUAAGCUCAGCUUUGAACUAGAUAUUUAAAACAAAUCAUAAAGUUAAAUCAUUAGAUGAACUUGAUAUAGGUUCUGGUUUAUAUUCGUAUGGUGGAACCUAUAGCAAUACAAACUAUUAUUACUUUACUUCAGGAUAAUUUAAGAAUCAUAUCCCUAUUGAUAUAAUAUAAAACUCUAACUAGGUUUAUAAUUGGAUAAAAAAGAAUUAUAAUUAAACAAAUAAUGGAGGCUGGUGGUGUAUUUUCCAUCAUUCAUCAACAUAUUUUGAAUCCAGAGAAUAUUAUGAAGAUGUAGAAACUGUAAACUCAUACAGAGAAAAUAAGUAUAACAUAUAUAAAGGCGAUUCUUUGGGAAACUUUGGUGAGUUAAAUGAAGGUAUAUAAUCAGAUGAAAAUACUCUCAAAGCUAUUUAAGAUUUACUCCAAUAAAUAAAAGAUUAAUCUAAUAAAUUGAGACUAGAAAAGCAAAUACUUUAAAACUGA